AUGUUUUACAACUCAUAAUAGCAUGAUUUUAAAGAUUAGACUGAAGCUCUCAGUGACUUUGUUUUAGUCAUGACUAUUAAUUGUGCUGCACAUCAUGUUUGAGAAGUCGUCUGAAGCAGUUCAACUCCUCCUCGCCAGUUCGCUCAGGUCCGCCUCCUGUUAGCGCAGCUCCAGCAGCAGCUGCCGGCUGCUCCCUCAGAGUGCACGGUUUCUCCACACUCGCAGUAGCCCGCGUUCGCUGUGACAAUGAAAAAGAUGACAUCGCGCUAUAAACCUUAAUCUCGCUAUCUGAUUACACCUCUCUAAUUUUGGAGCCAGAAGCAGGCUAUGACAUUUACUUGGCAGCUAAAUUAAUUGGUGACAGGCUGUGCCUGCUAACAUACUUGCAACAUUAUUUGUCUUUUCGGCGCUCUGUGAGCCUCACAACAUGUAUAAGUUAUGCAUUGUCUUCGUGAUGUGCUGCUGUGCGCUUUUUCCACGCGGCUCUGCGGCGCCAAAGACCUGGGGGGAAGAUCCCAGGUCACAACUUGAGAGCAAAGCAGAGCAAACUGACAGGCUGCAGGAGGAGACGGAUGGCCAGGAGAGCAUCCUCUCUAAGCUGCUGGGUGAUUAUGACAAAGUGAAAGCACUCUCGGAAGGCUCUGACUGUCGGUGUAAAUGUGUUGUCAGACCCCUGAGCAGGAGCGCCUGCCGGCGGAUAGAAGAGGGGAGCGCCGCUGCGCAGGACUUCUACACUGUGGAGACUAUAACAUCUGGACCAGAGUGCAAGUGCGCCUGCAUCGCUCCUCCGUCAGCAGUCAACCCAUGCGAGGGAGAGUACAGGCUGAAAAAACUUAGGGAAGCUGGAAAAGAGAAUGUCAAGCUGUCCACCAUCCUUGAGCUGCUGGAGGGCUCCUUCUAUGGCAUGGAUCUACUGAAGCUGCACUCCGUUACCAAUAAGCUCCUGGAUCGUGUGGAACACAUUGAAAAGACGGUGUCUCUGAACCACGCCACGGAUGAGGUGAAGCCCAAGGAGAGCCCUCCGAUCCAGGCAGAUGUGACUGAAAGCCCCCCCACCUCUCCUCCCCACCGGCAUCAGGACAAGAGGAGACUCAGUGAGGUCAGCAGCGCCGCAUCAUAUAAAAACCCAGAGGACAAGUAUGAGGAGAAGUUUAUUGGGGAAAAUCCAUCCUUCCUACAGACAGAUGGUUCUGCUCAGAUCAUUGAGGUCAAACCUCAGGUGACUCUGACAAGCGUGGCUAACAAGGAGGCUUCUCAGGUGUCGAAGAUUGGUCCCAACGGAAUGAUCAUCAGAGGAAUGACUUUUUAUAAAUCUGAGCCAGAUCCGAUGGUGGCGGAUGAUGGGGAGCCUGGAGAGAACUUUUUUGAGUAUCAUGGAUUAAGUGGCGAUGGCCCAGUGAACCCGUUCGUUGAAGAGAAUCUUCUACAACACAGAGCCUCUCGCCCCAGGACGAGGGCGGGACCAAGUUCAUUUCGACCAAAGACGACAGAUCCUUUGCACGAUUCCAAGACCAGCCAAUCAACAAAAUCGAAAGAAACUGAGCCCUCCUCAAAAACUCAUAACGAGUUCAUCAAUGCCAUUGGAACCACAUCAGUGGAUGUGUCUGCAGAUGUACAGAGUGACACACCCAUCACGUUUGAACCAAUUUCUACCACACAAAAAACCAGGACCACAGGCACGGCACCUCAGACUACUGAGAUAGUCACCGCUGGAAUCACUAAGUGGCCAGUCCCUUUGAUGGCUGAACCAGCUGGCACUUCUUUAAGCGUCACUGCCAAGGAAACAACCAAAACUACAAUGAACACAACACAACCCUCUGAAAAUACAGCCACAAAGGAAAUCCUACUAGAUUUCACAACAAGAAAUAUACCAAGCACCAUGAUGGAAACCUCUACUCCUUUGGUGAAAGACCAAAUGCAAACCAUACCUGGCAGUACUGCAGCUCAUUCAAGCACACUUGCACCAAAUCCAGCCACAGAGGCUUCAACUACCAGGCCAGCUUCCACUAUGACCAUCACAACCCAUGCUGCCCUGACCUCAGCACCAAUACACCCCGCAACAGCUACCUCCACACAGGCUGCUACCACAAUAACAGGAGAGGAAACUGAAUCCACCAUCUUUUCAGGCUCGAUUUUGCCUCCUACCACACAGAGACUGAUCACUUUGUCUCCCCACACUUCAGUGUCUUUCACCACACCUGUGACUACCUCUUCUUCAGCCACCGCUGCCACCGCUGCCGCCACCACCACUGCCGCCGCCGCUGCCGCCACCACCGCUGCCACCGCCGCCGCCGCCGCCGCCGCCGCCGCCGCCGCCGCCGCCGCUGCCGCCACCGCCGCCCCGCUGCCGCCGCCACCACCGCUGCCGCCACCACCGCUGCCGCAACCACCGCUGCCGCCGCCGCCACCGCUGCCGCCACCACCGCUGCCACCGCCGCCACCGCUGCCGCCGCCACCACUGCCACCGUCGCCACCCACCACCACCACCACCACCACCACUACCACUACCAGGCAGGCUGCUCAAGUCAAACGGAAAUACAAAAUCAGCUGGGAUGAGGAAGAGGGGGAGGAGGGACACCCGGAAUUAGACGAGCCUAUGCAAAGGCAGGAGGAAUCUACUUCAAGAAAACCUGGGGAGUGUAAGGACACUUUGGCAACAAUCUCAGAGCCAGUAACCCACAACACCUAUGGCAGGAAUGAAGGAGCAUGGAUGAAGGAUCCAAAGUCUGAUAAUAACAAAAUUUAUGUCACAAACUUCUACUACGGGAAUAACCUUGUGGAGUUCCGCAACUUGGAGGUUUUCAAAGCAGGCCGUUUUACCAACUCAUACAAGCUUCCUUACCACUGGAUUGGCACAGGCCAUGUGGUCUACGAUGGGGCUUUUUACUACAACCGUGCCUUCUCCCGAGACAUCAUCAAGUAUGACCUGCGUCAGCGUUAUGUGGCUGCCUGGACCUUGCUGCAUGAUGCUCUGUUCGAGGAGGCGUCAUCACCAUGGGAGUGGCGCAGCCACUCGGACGUCAACUUUGCAGUGGACGAGAGUGGCCUGUGGAUCAUCUACCCGGCACUGGAUGAUGAGGGCUUCUUACAAGAGGUGAUAGUUCUGAGUCGGCUGAACCCCUCAGACCUCAGCAUGCAGAGGGAGACCACCUGGAGAACCGGGCUCAGGAGAAACCACUACGGGAACUGCUUCAUCGUGUGCGGCGUCCUGUACGCUGUUGACAGCUACAACCAAAGGCACGCCAACCUGGAAUACGCCUUCGACACGCACACAAACACUCAGAUGACUCCCAGAAUGCCCUUCACCAACAACUAUUCCUACACCACACAGAUUGACUAUAAUCCCAAAGAGAGUGUUUUGUAUGCGUGGGACAACGGACACCAAGUCACAUACAACAUUAAGUUUGCCUAUGUAGACCCUUAGUAAGGGUUUGACAGUAGUUAUUUUAAAAACUUAAUUCUAUGUUUUGAAUGGAUUGUAGAUCAGUCCACAUGGCCUUCAGUAUGGAGACAAAUGGGGGCCAAAUGUACUUCAGUAUAUUGUGACUAAACUGUUUUGUUCUUAUCAAGAUCUUUUUAAUUUUUACCUGCAAUAAAUGAAACGAUGAGCCUGAUUCCUCACUCAACACAUCAAGUUAUACUGUAUAUAUUGUAUACUGUAAAAGCCCUAUGAGAUAAAUGAAUGUAGAUAGGAUAAGUUCAUGUCUUGGAUCAAAUAACACUUUAACAAUUCACAUAAAAGAACAAGUUCAUAGACGCAUACUCUUGGAAGAAAUCCCCAAAGUAUGUGGACAAAUAACUUUUUCCUGUUUUAUACACAUUAUUUUGCAUUACAUUUCUCUUAAUAUCACAGGUAAUGCUGUUGACCUUUGUCUUGUGAAAGCACUUACUCCCUCCAGACUGUCAGACUGUGUAGGAGACUACAAUAAAGUUCGGAAAUACUAACA